CCUCCCUUCUCGGAUUUGCGUUUGCUUCUUCCUGAUUUGAUGUGUUGCCGUCAUCUCCCUUCCUCGCUUCCAUCGCCAUUGCCGCUCUCCCUCUCUGCUCAAGCCGCCUGAUUUCUUGGACCAGUCCGGGGGCGUAAAUGCCCGUCCCUGCAGAGGAUCCCAGCCUUCUCCGCUCCAAAUCCCGUCCUUGUUUCCCCCAAGUAAGAGCAUUUCAGCACUCCCUAAUCCUAGUUGCCAGACAUGACAGAAUCGUCCUGACCGCUCUUGCCCGGGCAGGCUCUCCGGCGGCGGCUCAGCUCUGAGGCCCGCCCCCACUUGCUAUGGGCUUCUUGAUCUGCGCCUGCCUCCUCCACCUCCUGCUCUCGACCGCCGAUUCCGGGGUGGCGGCGCAGUCGCAGCUGCUGUCGCCGGCCAGGAUCCUCGACGCGACGCUGCAGGACUACGCGUUCCGGGCCUUCGAGCGCCCGCGCACCGGCAUUGUCUACAACGCCACCCUCCCCGCCAACCUCACCGGCAUUGCGCUCUCCGCGGUCCGCCUGCGCAGCGGCAGCCUCCGGCGGAAGGGCUUCGCCGACUACUUCCAGUUCGACGUCCCCACCGGCGUCGUCGUGCAGCCGCACGUCGAGCGGGUGGUGCUCGUCUACCGCAACCUCGGCAGCUCGUCGGACCACUACUACCCGCUCUCCGGGUACCCCUACCUCGCGCCGGUGCUGGGGCUGCCGGCCUACGACGCGGCCAACCUCUCGGCUGUGGGUCUACAGGAGCUCAACAUUGUCGCGUCAGGGAGUCCGAUUUCCGUAACCUUCAGCAAUGUCAGGGCGGUGCCAUCAGGCAGUGCGCCGCCGCGGUGCGUGGUGUUCGAUUUAAAUGGUGUGCCGCUGCUCCGGGACGUGGAGGCAACUAAUGUGUGCUCGACGUAUCGCCAGGGGCACAUCUCAAUAGUGGUGAACUCCAGUGAGAUUGCUCCAGCUCCUGCUCCACCUGGCUCAAUCUCCCCACCGAUACCGCCUCCGGGAGGGACACGGAUCCGGUGCAGUACUGCACGUGCAAAGGGAAACUCAAAGGCGUGGAAGAUUGCCGUCAGCGUCGUUGGGGCUGCCAUAGCAUUGGGGCUAUUGGCUGUGCUUCUGCUGUGUUUGGUCAGGUACAAAAGGGAUAAGAAGUUGGAGGUGAUGGAGCGGAAUGCUGAGGUUGGGGAGACGUUACGGAUGGCGCAGGUUGGGCGGACGCAGGCACCUGUGGCCUUGGGGACACGGACACAACCGGUGAUUGAAAACGAUUAUGCUGCAUAGCAAUCUUUUGAGCUCUAGUCUAGUAACAGAAAGAGUUGAUGGUUAUGGCUAGCGACAGGGCUGUCCAUCGGUUGGUUGAGGCAGCAAAAUUUCCAUAUCCAUGAGGGCGAUGCUAACUGCUAAUUUCAGAGCUCAGGUUCUGCUCCAUGAGGGUUCAGCACAUUCUUUUGGUGGGUUUGUUCAGAAGGUUACAUUUUGUACUGCAAGCAAUGGCUAUUGUUCCUGUUCAUAGUUGCCAUGUUCAUAUGCGGAGUUCCUUUCAUCUCCAAGCAAGCAAGCAAUGGAGGGGGAAUGUUUGCCAUCUCAGAUUGGGAAUUCUUGAUUAUUUUUUUGGGUUGAUGUAUUCAAAAGGAAAUGGGCUUUGCAAUAAAGCUGAGGUAACACUCAUUGCACAUUGCGUGUUGGUAAAACUCAUUCAUCCAGUUCAGUUCGAAUUCA